CGGGCGCCAUCUAGCGCCUCCCGCCGGCAGUGUCCGCUCUGGGCGGGCUCUCUGGGUUUGAAUUGCGUCCCCCGGACCCCGCUGCUGCCUGUCAUCAUGUCUCGGCUCAGAAGGGGAGGAAUGACCGGCGACUCCCGGGAAGGUUUCCGUGACCAGAGGGACAAGGAGCCGGCCGUUCCUCAGGGACUGAUCAAGGCGGCCAGGAAGAGCGGCCAGCUGAACCUGUCAGGAAGAGGCCUGAGCGAGGUUCCGGCGAGCGUUUGGAGAAUAAAUUUGGACACCCCGGAGGAGGCGCACACCAACGUCCAGUUCGACGCGUCCGACCGCUGGUGGGAGCAGACGGAUCUGCUGAAGCUGCUCCUCUCCUCCAAUCGGCUGCAGUCUCUGCCCAACGACCUCCGGCUGCUCCCGGCCCUCGUGGUGCUCGAUGUCCAUGACAACCUCCUGACGGAGCUCCCCGCUGCCAUCGGAGAGCUGGUGAACCUGCAGAAGCUGAACGUCAGUCACAAUAAACUGAAGUCGCUGCCGCCGGAGCUAGCGCAGCUGCAGAAUCUCAAGAGCCUCCUUGUCCAGCACAACCAGUUGGAGGAAAUACCAGACGUGCUGGGACCGCUGAGUGUUCUGGAGGAGCUGGACCUUUCCAGUAAUGGUCUGCGGAACAUUUCAGGAUGCCUUGGAGGUCUAACCCAUCUCAGUCGACUCAACCUGUCCAGCAACAAGCUAAAAUCCCUUCCUGCUGAAAUCAGCUCCUUAAAAAGCCUCAGACAGCUGGACUGCACAUCAAAUCUGCUGGAGGACGUGCCCACUUCUUUAGCUGGAAUGGAUUUUCUGGAGCAGCUGUACCUAAGACAGAACCAGCUGACGUUUCUGCCUGAGCUUCCCAACUGCAAGCUGCUGAAGGAGCUGCAUGUUGGUAACAACCAGAUAAAUACUCUGGGCCCCCAGCACUUGUCACACUUGAGUUGUCUCAUUAUACUGGAGCUGCGGGAUAAUAAACUGAAGAGCUUACCUGAUGAAAUAGCUUUGCUUAAAGGACUGGAACGGCUGGACUUGACCAAUAAUGACCUGAGCAAUCUGCCCAAUUCUCUUGCAAAUCUUCCAAAUUUAAAAUCACUUCAGCUGGAAGGAAAUCCCUUGAGGGGCAUUAGGAAGGAUCUUCUCAGUAAUGGUACCCAGAAGUUACUGAAGUAUCUAAGAGGCAGAAUUCAAGUCCCAGAUCCAAAGUCUGAACAGGGAGAGGCUGCUGCAGUUACAGCCAUGACAAUGCCAAGUGACGCCCUUGUGAAUACUCAUGCCCUUGCCACAUUGAAGACCUUAGAUUACAGUGAUAAGCAAGCUUUGGCCAUACCUGAUGCCGUCUUCAAUACAGUCGGGAGUUCCCCCAUCACAAUUGUAAAUUUCAGCAAAAAUCAGCUGACGGAAGUUCCUUUAAGGAUUGUAGAACUGAAAGAUUCAGUGUGCGACGUUAAUCUCGGCUUCAAUAAAAUCCCAACAGUUUCACUAAAUUUGUGCAUGCUACACAAACUAAAGCACCUAGAUAUGAGGAACAACUUACUUGGGUCUCUCCCGGAUGAGCUGGAGGCGCUGACUCGGCUGCAAUCGAUCAUCCUUUCUUUUAACAGAUUUAAAACAUUCCCUGAUGUUCUGUACCGGAUCCCCACACUGGAGACUAUACUUAUUAGCACCAAUCAGAUUGGAUCCAUCGAUCCUCUGCAAUUAAUUAAGCUUACCAAACUCUCCACCUUGGACCUCCAGAAUAAUGACCUCCUGCAAAUUCCUCCAGCCCUGGGAAACUGUGAAAAUCUAAGAUCUCUGAGCCUGGAAGGAAAUCCCUUCAGAAACCCCCGAGCUGCUAUUUUAGCCAAAGGGACGGCAGCUGUUCUUGAAUAUCUACAAAGUCGCAUCCCCACCUGAUCGAUGGAAAAUAGGGGCUUUUAGGACUGUCCGUGUGACAACAUGCUUAGCUGGAAAGGGAUUGUUCUGACCUUCACAAGUUUUACUGCCAUAUAUUAUCUUACACUGUGAGCAGAGGUUAGUGGAGGGGGACAGGCCUCUUCUGCCCAACAUAUAUAAAUUUAAUUUACUCCAGUUUUCUGAAAUCUAUGCCAGGCCACUAACGGGCAGUGUUUCACAAUAUGGCCCCUUUUAUUUAUUUUUCUCCCCGUACUUUGAUAUUAUACCUACCCAGUAAUUUCUCUGCCUAAAAUAUUUUACAAAUGUCUGCUCUUUCGCGUAAUAAUUUUUCAUGACGCCAUUUAGUCGCUCCUCUCUGCUUAAUUUAAAGGCCAUCUGUCAGCAGAUUUGUACCUAUGACACCGGCUGACCUGUUCCAUGUGCGCUUUGCAGCUGAAGGCAUCCAUGUUGGUCCCAUGUUCAUAUUUGUCCGCAUUGCUGAGAA